GCCAUGAUCAAGGCGAUCCUCAUCUUCAACAACCACGGGAAGCCCCGGGUCUCCAAGUUCUACCAGCCCUACAGUGAAGAUACACGGCAGCAGAUCAUCAGGGAGACAUUCCAUUUGGUAUCUAAGAGGGAUGAAAAUGUUUGUAAUUUCCUAGGAGGAUUGUUAAUUGGAGGAUCUGACAACAAACUGAUUUAUAGACAUUACGCAACAUUAUAUUUUGUCUUCUGUGUGGAUUCUUCAGAAAGUGAACUUGCCAUUUUAGAUUUAAUGCAAGUAUUUGUGGAAACAUUAGACAAGUGUUUUGAAAACGUCUGUGAACUGGAUUUAAUUUCCCAUGUAGACAAGGUUCACAAUAUUCUUGCAGAAAUGGUGAUGGGGGGAAUGGUAUUGGAGACCAACAUGAAUGAGAUUGUUACACAAAUUGAUGCACAAAAUAAACUGGAGAAAUCUGAGGCUGGCUUAGCGGGAGCUCCAGCCCGUGCUGUAUCACCUGUAAAGAAUAUGAAUCGUCCUGAGAUCCCAAGAAAUAUUAACAUUGCUGACAUCAGUAUAAAAGUGCCAAACCUGCCCUCUUUUAAAUAA